AUGUCUCCCACUGUGCUCCUCGUGCCUGGGGCCUGGUGUCCCCCUAGCGUCUUCGAUCCUCUCCGGGAUCGUCUCGAUGUCAAAGGUAUAGCUUCAGCAGUUGUUGCUCUCCCCUCCGUUGGUGCCGACCCAGCUACUACGACGAUAGACGAUGAUAUUGCUUAUGUACGUACCGAGCUGUUCGCCCUGAUCGAUGCAGACGCCGAGGUCAUCCUCGCUGCUCACUCGUAUGGCGGUGUCGUACUUAUUACUUACAUGACUGCCUUUGUCGUGCCGAAAGGAACCAGACUGAAGCAGAUGCUUGGUGGAGAAGUAAUCGCGUAUAUGGAGUUGGCGCUGCCGAGACAGUUUUUCAAGAUAUCCCCUCUCCCCCCCACCAUUGAACAAGCCAAAUGGACCAGUGUCCUGACGCAUUCAGCGCUAGGGGUAUUCUUGGGAACGGCCACUUAUGAGCCCUGGUAUACUAUACCGACAGCAUUUAUCAUCUGUGAGGAGGACCGCGCAUUGCCACCACCCGUACAGGAACAGAUGGCACAGCUCCUUUGCACAGACUUGUUGUAUCGAGUCAAGAGCUCCCACUCGGUGUUUCUGAGCAAUCCGGAGAGAGUGGCGGAGAUCCUGAAAGAGUUGAUUGGCAAGGUAGCGCUGAAAAGCGGCGUAUAG